AUGACCACCGGUGUCACUCCAGUUUGCAUGCUCCACACGGGACCACUAGGUUGGCUGCUCGAACAUUUCGGUUACAAAACAGGUGCUCUUGAUGCGAACUUGCCUGGAAAAGUGAGAACUUUGCUCGAGGCGUGCACCGACGUGCCAGGUGAUGUUCAGUUCAAAAACUCCGAUGAGAAGACCUUUUGGCCCAUUUCUGAUACCUACCGAAUUUUUAAGUACCCCGCAGCUGGUCUACCACCUCAACGUGGUGGGACACAUGUCCGAUCAGCUAAGAUUAGGCCCCUCGGCUCCCUCUUCACCAUCGUGGCUAUAGCCUGGCUGACUGUGGCGAAGCAGUGUUGGGACCUUAAGGAGCAAGCUUAA